GGCGCCUUGGUGCCCAGAAGCCGGCGGGCGGCCGGCAGGUCCGCGCGGUGCGCCUCCCCGGCCCCGGCCAUGCCGCCGCCCGCGCCGCCCACCGUGCUGGUGCCGUCGGAGCGCGUCGUGGUGCUGCUGUCGUGCGCGCUCUCGGCGCUGGGCUCGGGCCUGCUGGUGGCCACGCACGCGCUGUGGCCGGACCUGCGCAGCCGCGCGCGGCGCCUGCUGCUCUUUCUGUCGCUGGCCGACCUGCUGUCGGCCGUCUCCUACUUCUACGGGGUGCUGCAGAACUUCGCGGGCCCCUCGUGGGACUGCGUGCUUCAGGGCGCGCUCUCCACCUUCGCCAACACCAGCUCCUUCUUCUGGACCGUGGCCGUCGCCCUCUACCUCUACCUCAGCAUCGUGCACGGCGCGCACGCAUCCCGGCCCGACCACCUGUUUUGGACCUUCCACGUCGUCAGCUGGGGGGUCCCGCUGGCCAUCACCGUGGCGGCUGUGACGCUGAAGAAGAUCGGCUACGAUGCCUCUGACGUGUCCGUGGGCUGGUGCUGGAUCGACCUGCAGGCCGAGGACCGCGUGCUGUGGAUGCUGCUGACGGGGAAGCUGUGGGAGAUGCUGGCCUAUGUGACGCUGCCUCUGCUGUACCUCUUGGUCAGGAAGCACAUCAGCAGGGCGCGAGCCGCGCUCUCGGAGUACCGGCCGCUCCUGUGUGACGCGCACCAGCUGCAGCGGCGCUCCUCCUCCUCCGCGGCCGACCUCAAGCUGGUGCUCAUCCCGCUCAUCUUCAUCUGCCUGCGCGUCUGGAGCACCGUGCGCUUCGUGCUGACCCUGUGCGGCUCCCCGGCCGUGCGCAUGCCCGUGCUGGUCGUCCUGCACGGCAUCGGCAACACCUUCCAGGGAGGCGCCAACUGCAUUAUGUUCGUCCUCUGCACCCGUGCCAUCCGCUCGCGGCUCAUCUCCUGCUGCUGCUUCUGCUGCUCCUCGGAGCCGGCCGCCCAGAGCCUAAGCGCCACCCCGGGGUCGCCUGCACCCUCCAAGAUGGGAGGCUCCCAGGCGCCCACACGGACCACGAGGGAGCUUCCCAGCCCCUGAGCUGGUGUUCUGGCUGCUGUGAGCAUGGGGACAGGCGGUUCUGUGCGCCUGUGUCUGCCGCAGGGU